CUAAUCAAAACGGAUGGAUAAAACAUGAUGGAACUGGACAUGGAGGUCUUGGUGCAAAAAAAGCAGUUGGAGCGUGUAGAGGAGGGCUUGGAUCAGAUCAACUCUGAUAUGAAGGAGGCCGAGAAAAACCUGACAGACCUGGGCAAGUGCUGUGGCCUCUGCUCCUGUGAUAAACUAAAAGCCUUUGAAGGGAGCGGGGCGUACAAGGCAGUUUGGGGUGGAGGCUCCGGUCAGGAUGGCGUUGUAUCCAACCAACCACCUUCGUCUCGAGUCGUUGAUGAGAGGGAGCAAAUGAUCAUGAGCGGAGGACACAUACGGAGGGUGACUAACGAUGAUAGGGAGGUCGAGAUGGACGGGAACCUGGCUCAUGUCGGCAGCAUCCUCGGAAAUCUGAAAAGCAUGGCCCUGGACAUGGGCAACGAGAUGGACAUGCAGAACAACCAGAUUGAACGCAUACAGGGCAAGGCUAUUCUCAAUGUGUCACGCAUCGAUGCUGCGAACCAGAAAGCCAACAACCUCAUAAAACGAUAGAAGUAGCACUUUUCCAUGUCACUCUUUUUUUAAAGCGUAUUUAUCCUACAGUAGCAUUACUAUGUUCUGCAUGCUGUGCCAAAGUGUUGCUGCUGUUAAUACAUACUAAACAUAGUUCUUUUUUUAAGUAGAGUUUCCUUGCUGUUAUGUUAUUGCUGUGAUUUCACUAUGGGACUUACAUUCUGUGACUCUUAGUUACAAGAUCUCAAUUUGCUCUUGUGUUUCUAUUUAUUCUCCUAAUAUUCUAGUAGGUAGUCAUAGCUUCGCAGCAAGCCCUUUGUUGUUUGUUGUUACAUUCCCCCCGAGGUGGCUUCUGCGGUCACUCGGCAGAGAAUAAGGACAUUCUGAUGAUCCCUGUGGGGAAACUGGGUCACUGCAGCACAAUGAAGACAAAAACAAAAUGUAAACUUGUGGAAAACAGCAGCGAAAAGCAGCUCCUUGACCCAGGGCGUGUAUCACCGAAAAGCUGCCUUUUACUUCUACGGGUCAGAUAAUUAUAAGUUAAAAAAACAGCUGUAUGUGUGCAGGAUAACCAAAAUACUAUCAACGAACAGCUCCCUUCCCAAAUGCAACACCAUUGUAUAACACCCCUCCCCCCUUUCUCUAGUCUAAGAUGUCCCAUAACACGUGCGUGUUGGCGCCCUCUGCAGGUGCAGUCGGGUAUUGCCCAGAAAAAGGAAACACGCAUUUGUCCUCAGACAAAGACCUUUUGCGACACCAAGCGGACAAACAUGGAACCUGCUCCUCUAAUGAUCUCUCCAUCUUCUCUCGUCUCAUGUUGAUGUAAAAUGGUGGUGAAAAAUGACGAUGAAUUGGUAUUGUCUUAUAAUGUGAUCUCAUCAAGCUUUUGCAGACACGGUUAAAACAAUUCGGCAAAAUAAAAACUGUUUUGGGCUUUUUGCUGCAUGCUUUUGAUAUUGUCAAUAAACAUGUUUGGAUUUACUUUGUUGC